AUGAGAGCGGUUGACAUCAAGGACGGCAAAGGUCCCAAGGAGAACCUGUUCAUCAAUGCCGAUACUCCAAAGCCCACGGCGGGCGACGGCGAGGCCCUGGUCAAGAUCAAGGCCUUUGGCAUCAACCGCAUGGACCAAAUCCAACGUCUUGGCUUGUACCCGCUUCCGCCUCAGGCGCCCAAGACCCUGGGAGUCGAGUUCAGCGGGACUAUCGAAACGUUUGGCGAGGGCGACCACGGCAAUUUCAAGGCUGGAGAUGAGGUGUUUGGUCUCGCGUACGGUGGCGCAUACGCCGAGUACAUCGCCGUCAAUAGCAAGAUGCUGUUGCACAAGCCCGAUUUCCUGUCCUGGGAGCAGGCCGCUGGUAUCCCAGAGACCUGGAUCACUGCCACGCAAGCCUUAUUCCUCGUGGGCGAGUUCUCGAAGGGCAAAUCCGUCCUCUGGCAUGCGGGUGCCUCUGGCGUCUCCAUCGCGGGCAUCCAGUUGGCUAAGGACGCGGGCGCGUCUGCCGUCUAUGCGACGGCCGGUUCCAAGGAGAAGUGCGACUUCGUCGUCAACGAGAUUGGCGCCACGGCGGCCUUCAACUACAAGGAGGGCGACUGGGCCGAGAAGGUCAAGGAAGUGACGGGCGGCAAGGGCGUGGAUGUGAUUGUCGACUUUGUCGGGGGUGGCUACUUCCAGAAGAACCUUGACGUCGCAGCGAGGGAUGCGCGUAUCGUCCUGCUCGGCCUGUUGGGCGGGCCCAACAUUGAGGGGGCCAACAUUGGGCCUCUACUGUACAAGAGGAUCAGGCUCGAGGGCAGCACGUUGCGGAGCAGGGAUGUUGAGUAUCAGGGCAAGUUGAGGGACCGGUUGGAGGAGUAUGUGCCGGAUUUCAAGACGGGGAAGCUCAAGGUCGUCAUUGACACGGUGCUCCCAUGGGAAAAGGUACAGGAGGCUCACGCGCUGUUGGAGGCGAACAAGAACUCGGGCAAGAUUAUCUGUACUAUUUCUUAG